AUAACAUGAAAAUACAAUAACGAAGAAAUUGUUAGAUUGCAAUGAGAGCCCUAAUUCAAUGCGACGACACCCAUCAAUGGCUCCAUGUAACCAACGCCUGUUACCAUUCAUGGACAGUCGUGAAGGCCACUCAUUCAAGAAAAUGCCCAUCAAGUUCGGGCAGCCAUAGCCCACCACCUCUCAAGCUUCUCCCUUUUCCCGCACUAUAUAUUCAUUCCCUCUCAUCCAACAAAACAGACUAACAAAACGCCUCUACUGUCAGGAGAAGCUACCAGAAAAAAGGAGAGAAAAAAAAAACCCGAAAAAAAGGGAGAAAAAUCCAUCGCCGGCAACCAUGUCGUGGCAGACGUACGUGGACGAUCACUUGAUGUGCGAGGUCGAAGGCGUUCACCUCACCGCCGCUGCCAUCAUCGGCAUCGACGGCAACGUCUGGGCUCAGAGCGCUUCCUUCCCUCAGUUCAAUCCACAAGAGAUUGCUAACAUUGUGAAGGAUUUUGAUGAGCCUGGGUUCCUUGCUCCUACUGGAUUAUUCCUUGGAGGGGUGAAAUAUAUGGUUAUUCAGGGAGAACCUGGUGCAGUAAUUCGUGGAAAGAAGGGUUCUGGAGGCAUAACUGUUAAGAAAACAAGCCAAGCUCUCAUCUUUGGCAUCUAUGAGGAACCAAUGACUCCUGGGCAGUGUAACAUGGUCGUUGAGAAGAUGGGGGACUACCUUAUCGACCAAGGCCUGUAGAAUUUAUCUUCUUUUAAUUGUGUUUACGAGAUUUACGAAGUAAUUAGUUUGUGGAUGAUUUGUGUAUGCAUUCAAAGCCAAUAUGGCUAUAAGAAGGUUUGCUGAGUUAAAAUAACUAUGAGAUGGAGUGUUUUUUUUUACUCAUAUUUUGGUUUUUUUUGGAUUGAGUUCGAUUUCGAAUGCUGCUGUGAGAAUAUGAUUUCUUUCUCUACAGUGAAGCUGAUUAAGUGAAGUGUUUGAACUAAUGGCUGGAGUUUUAUGAUUGCAUUUCUCCUUCAACCCAUGCUUGUUAUUUUAAUGAAUUUUUUAAUACUGAAAUAUCCUAUUUUAAAAUAAAAUAAUAAUGUCUCUCUACGUUUUUUAGCAUUCGUGCUAAUCGUUAAUACUG